UGGAAGAUAUUCUGGUUAUUUUAUUCAGAAACAGUAUGGAUGACACUGCAUGGCUGUGCAACAGUGCGUAACAGAAACAACACUUUCUCAAUCUCACAUGUUGUUUUAAGUAGAGAUGUAAGCCUCCAAAGAAUAGGUGCCAUUGGUAAAGUCUAUUUUUAAACUUUCUUUGUGAUUUGAAAUAUGAUGCCUCGGUUUUGCUCUCUGUUUGGUUUUGUGUAGUUUAACAACUGGAUUCUGCUCACGUUGCUAUGUUGCAAGCUGCUCUCUACAUUUAUCCCGUUGCACAUAGUUUACAAAGGCAUGACAGUAGGAUGUUGUUUUAACAUAAUGAUAAAAAUGUGGAUAAUGAUGGUAGAUUGUGACGUGAUGGGAUAUUUAUUUAGCUUGCUCCCCUGUGAAACUGUGCAGUGCAAAUCUGAAUCUGAAGUUGGUUAAAGCAAUAUUAGCCUGUAAGCCUCCAAUAUGCAGCAACAGCAGUAACAUCAUUAGUAAGUUAGCCUCUUAAGGAUAAAACAGCAACCGAAUCAUAAUGCACAUCUUCCUAGUUCUAUGAUUUUAGACAGAAAAGUCUAAAAGAAAAAAUGAUUUCUCCAUGGCAUUAUUAAAUUAGACAUUAGAACCAACAGAAAAUUUGAAUUUUGAGGUCAUAUCCAAAUCAAUAAAGUCCACAUAAAGUAUGAGACUGGAAAAGGCAUACCCUAAUGAAAUAAGAGACAUAAAGAGGAUCCAUGAUAUCUCAAAAGAUAUGUCCAAAGGUUUGUACACUAGUUGAAUCAAUAUGUGUAAUUACGUAAUUUUAUACAAUUAUAUAUACAGUAUAUAACAAAACUGACUACACCCAUGUGCAAUAUCACUAAAAUGUUAAAUGAUUCAACAUCAUAUCAUCUUACAAUAAUUGUAGUACUGUCAGGGUGAAGUGUAGGCUAUUUGAUCUUAUUUAUAAUGAAAAACAAACAGGUUAAAUUGAAAAUACAAGCCUCAAAGUACAACCUCAAUGCAAUAAAAUGAGUACACCUGUGACCACUGAAACGAAAGUGAUUACACCUGUGACUUCCAGUUAAGACUAUUUGCCUGAACAAGAUUAUAAAAGAACCUGUGAACACCACAACUUUCUCAGUUUCGGUAAAUUGCAAUUCGGCUCCACAUGAAAAAAGGAAGCUUACGCAAACUUCUGUUGAGAGGUGGCUGAGCAGAGAGGUGUCACACUUUCUCAUUUGAGUCCAUUGUGGCAAGUCGUCCUCAUGCUGGGAGUCACAGGCUGAAUGAGUGAACAUGAUGGGGUGUCAUAACAUUAAAAAUACCUUGCCCACCUCAAUGAAGAAGCGCCUCCUCCUCUUCUUCUUCCUCUGUAUUUCACUGCUGUGUCUUCUCAAUGGAUGGCCGAGAGGAUUCCAGGCUAUAAACCGCUCCACCUUCAUUGGCUGGAACAACAGUGCAAAUGUGACCAUCCUGCUGUGGCACUGGCCCUUUGACAGGUCAUUCAGCCUGAAGGGUGACGUGUGCUGGGACCUCUACCACAUCCCCCACUGCAGACUGGUGGACCAGCGCUCCUUGUACCCAACAGCUGAUGUGGUGGUGUUCCACAACAGAGAGCUGGUACAGGGGCUCCAAAAGCUGCCCUUUGACCUUCCAAGACCACAAGGCCAAAGGUGGGCCUGGAUGUCCCUGGAGGCCCCUGUUCACAGUGGAAACUUGCGGCAGUUUGCAAACAUCUUCAACCUCACCAUGACCUACAGGAGGGAUGCUGAUAUCCCUAUUCCCUAUGGCGAGCUGCAACCAAAGAAGGCUGAAGGAGGUCCGGUGGAUGACAUUCCUCUGAAUAAGAGCUUUCUGGUCUGUUGGGUGGUCAGCAAUUACAGGAGCCACUACAGGAGAAGCAAAGUGUACAAUGAGCUCAGUACCAUAGUUCCCGUGAAGGUUUAUGGGGCUUGGACGAAGAAACCUCUCCCCUCUACAGCCCUCUUAUCUACAAUCUCUCGCUGUUACUUCUAUUUGGCAUUUGAGAACGCGAUGACCAAAGAUUACAUCACAGAGAAGCUGUGGAGGAAUGCUUACCAAGGCGGGGCGGUGCCUGUCGUCCUGGGGCCACCACCGAGUGGUUACAAAGCUGUGGCACCACCUAAUUCUUUCAUCCAUGUAGAUGAGUUUGCAUCAUUGAGGGACUUAGGGAAGUAUCUACAGCAGCUCGCAGAGGACAAGAAACGCUACAGUGAAUAUUUUAACUGGAAACAAGAGUGGAGCGUAAAGCUGUACACUGACUGGAGGGAGAGAUUGUGUAAGAUCUGCCCACAGUACAAAAGUUUACCUCAGCAGAGGGUUUACUCAGACCUAGAGGCCUGGGUUAAUAGCUAGGUUAAUAGUUGCAUAGCUGCAGUUAAUGGUUUCACUGGUGACAUUAAUUCAACCACAUUUUUGACACAUCAGCAGAAAUCAUCACCACAUUUUCUGAUUCAGAAAUAAUUUGCAGCAUUUUUGGCACAAUUUGUCAUACAUUUUUUAAUCAAUUUUCAUGUAAUUGCUUUGCUAAAAAAAUAAACAGGCAAACAGUCAAUAUCAGACCAUCAGGUGCAAAAUGAGGGAAAAACAAUUUAAAUUUUGCACAAAAAAAGAGAAAUCACAUUUCUGAGACUUAAGGCACCUUGUCCAAGAACAACAUGCGUAAACAUGUAUAUACUGCACACAACUGCCAUGCUUUAACUAUAGUCUGUGCAAAAGUUUUAGGCACUUUAGAUGUUUAGAUUGUUAACCAUAAAGAACUAUUUUCACCUACAAGAAGGACAAAGAGUGCUGCAACAGAUGAUUCGGUCCUCAUACCUCAUCUAAACACCGAGUCAGUCUGGGAUUACAUGAAGAGAGAGGGGCAACUGAGACGCCUAAAUCCAAAGAAGAACUAUGGCAAGUUCUCAAAGAUGCUUGAACAAGUGACCUGCCAAGUGGCUUGAAAAACUCUGCAGGUGUACCAAGGAGAACUGGUGCUAUUUUAAAGGCAAAGCGUCAUCACACCAAAUAUUAAUUUCAUUUAGGUUGCUUCUGUUUACUAAACUUUGUAUGAUUACUGAUAAAUAAAAACUACUCAUGACAUUAUUUUUGAAAGCUGAUAUCUGUAACACUUUAUACCCAACAUGUGACCUCUCUAGUGUUAAAUUUAACUCAGGACAUCAGAUCUGCUUCAAGUUCACUGAUAUGAAACACAGGACCAUACUGUGCAAGAACCUCCAGGCUUAAAACACAAGAAGACACCAACCACAUACCAUAGAACAUAGUAAAUAGCACUGACAGUCUCUGAGCUAUUUUAAGUACAUCCAUUAAAGAUUGCCGAGUUAUUCUUGGUGGAUACAUUGUGGUCUAGGACGGGCCUUUAAGACAUGGAGAACUUUAAAGAGAUGUUUUGUUUGGGAGGUCAUCUUCGAUGAAAUUAAAGGAAGGAUCCCCAAAACAUACAAAAACCAAUACCGAUAAAUUAAAAAUUAGUUUAAAUGUCCUUUUCACAAAUGGGAAAUGGCCUCCAGCUAGACAAUGAUGCCAUGGCUUCCUGCAAAUGCAGCAUAACUGCUUGUCAUGAGUCUCUCUGAAGAAACAUGAACAACCUUUUUCUAAAAAGCUCAACGUCCUCAAACUUGUCCAAAAUAGGAAGUAUUUUCAGCUACUGGAGUUUGCAGUCUUUUAGGUCAGUCUUGGCUUCUGCAUAAUUACAUUUAUUUUACUUUUCAAGCUACAUUGGCCUUGUGGAGUGCACCUGUUAUUAAACUACAAAUGCAUGACAAAACAGAAUUUACUUUUGGUGGGACACAAUUUACUUGAUAUAAUACAUGGGAGGAAAAGUGUAUUUUCCUUGAUGCAGAUACAUUUAUGGUUUAAGGUGUUUUGAGUGAAACAUCUCAGUGUAGCCAACUUUUAAAUAAGUUAGAAUUUAAUCAAUUUACAGUCUUAAGAAAAUGUCACAUUAAACUUGUGGCUAGAGUCAAGUCAGUAAAAUUACUUCCUAUAUGACUAGUAUAGCUUACCAUUAAUGUUGAAUUAAUGCAAAAAAAAGUACAAUCAGAGACUGUUCCAGUGUUUUACUAAGACUUAAGUCAUGUGGGGUAUUGUCAAGGAGUUAUCCUAAAAAAAAAUAAAAUAAAAUGAAAUAAUUGUCAUCCCAGUAAAAGUACCUUCAUAAAAUACAAGACCAGACAUGAUAAAUACUCCAAUGAGCACCCAGACUUGACUUUAGUAUUGUGUCUUAUUCAACAUUUCAUAAACAUAAAAA